CAUCUGUUCAGAUAUCUGCAAGGAACAAAGGAUCUCGGUUUGUUCUACACCAACCGGCCAGGAGAGAGCUUGGUUGGAUAUGCAGAUGCUGGGUAUUUAUCUGACCCACACCAGGCUAGAUCUCAAACGGGAUAUGUAUUCACACAUAGUGGAGCCGCAAUAAGCUGGCGUUCUACCAAGCAGUCCUUAGUAGCCACAUCAUCCAAUCAUGCCGAGAUCAUAGCCAUGUAUGAGGCAAGCCGGGAGCUUGUCUGGUUGAGGAACAUGACCGGCCAUGUCUUAAGAGAGAGUGGUCUGGCCGUGGGACAAGAGAAGGAGGAACCAACGAUCAUCUACGAAGACAAUGCGGCGUGCAUUGCUCAGCUCAAGGAAGGAUACAUCAAGGGAGACAGGACCAAGCACAUCCUGCCCAAGUUCUUCUUCACCCACGACUUGCAGAAGACAGAGGAGGUUCAAGUAGUUCAAGUUCGAUCAAGCGACAACUCAGCCGACCUUUUCACCAAGUCUCUGCCGACCUCAACGUUCAGGAAGCUGGUUCAUCAGAUAGGGAUGCGCCGGCUGAAGGAUCUUCAAUGAUGCCUUCAUCAGGGGGAGUAUCAUGCGUUGUACUCUUUUUCCUGUCUAUGGUUUCCAUUUUUCCCACCUUGGGUUUUUGGUUUUCCUAGAGAGGUUUUAACGAGGCAACAUCGUGCAUGGUACGAGCCCAUAUGGUUACAGCAUCCAAGGGGGAGUGUUAAGAACAAUAUGGAUAGCUGGUAACCAAGCCAAGGAAGAACGGACCGCGUCCAGGCCCAAGACCAAGACCGCGUCCAAGAGAGAAAGAGAGAGAGGCGGCCAAUGCAUUGGACCGACCUUAAACCUUAGAUUUAGGACUUUCCUUUUCUCUUCAUGUUUAUCUAUAAGAGGUUUUCCUUUUUACUUUAGAAUAAGGAUAUGUAAUAUUUCCUUUUAUCCAUAUCUUGUAAUCCCCUAUAUAAGGGAACACUUUGAUUAAUGAAUAACACACGAAUUCCCCUAUAUCUUGUAAUCCCCUAUAUAAGGGAACACUUUUUUUCUUUUGGUCUUUCUCUGAAAAAAUGAAAAAGAGGGAAAAUUAGGAAAAAGCCCCAUCGAUAUUUUACUAAUAUCUGACCAGAAUAACCUCAUGUGAGUCCCAUUACCCGUCCAUAAAUAUGGGCUUCCAACAAUGCAAUUCUUCCCUUUUCUCCUUCUAAUCUCACUCUUUAUAUAUUUGGAAGAUUUUUUUUAUUCUUUUUUUUUUGGUUAAGCCAGGAUGUCUACAAUUCAUCCGGUUUUAUCAUGUGAACCGGGUCAAACAACCCAUGUCCCAGCUUUCGAAACCGGGUUCACUCCAUGGGACAACUCACACCUCUUCUCGGUCUUCGACUCAUCAAUGAAUAAAAUAACUCACUCGGUUCAUGAGUACCUAAGCCCUGAUUCGGUAAACCGGUCUGGUCCAGACGUUGUUGCAACAGAUAGUUAUACAGAUGAGCGGAGAAAGAAACGGAAGUUAUCGAACCGGGAAUCGGCUAAGCGGUCAAGGGUGAAGAAACAAAAGCACUUGGAGGAGAUGAAUAUCCAGCUAAACCAGCUCAAGAUUGAGAACCGGGAAUUAGAAAACCAGAUCCGGUACGUUAUACAGCAUUUUCAACGAACAGAGACGGAGAAUAAUCGUCUGCGUCUUGAACAACGUUUGCUCCAUAGUACGUUGUUGAACAUCAGACAAGUUUGGAUGUUACAUCAGAUCGACCGGAGCUCAGACUAUGUCACAUGGCCUUACGAUGAAAAUACUCGUGUUACGGUCCAACAUGAUCCAUCGGUCAUAACAAAUCAUAUCAUCUUAUAGUUUGUGAUUUCUGAAAUUGAUUUCGACUUUAGUAAAACGAGAAUACCUUUGUAAAAAAGUUUUUAUAAAAAAUGCAUGCAUGAUCUCUCUUGUAACGUUAACAAAUUAAAUCUCGUUUUCUUUAAUAUGUUUUCCAUUUCAUUACAUAAUUAUUUAAUCUUGUCGUGUUUGAACUUUUUGAUAAAGAAAAAGGUUACUGGUGUAGUGUUACAAAAAAAAAAGAAGGUUACUGGUAGAAUGUGUCGCGCGCGCGAACCUUUUCAUUCAACUGGUUCUUUUUUUUUUGUAACUUACAUUCAACGAUUUCUUUUCAUUCUAAAU